GCCGCCGACGCCAACCACAGAUGACCUGUUCAACAAUGACAUAUCUGCAUCUUCUUAUACAAGGUUAGGUCAUUGCACUUGCCACUGCACUGAAAUUCCAAGCUUUUCUGAUCAAUGAGAUCCAACGCUGUUGCAAGGGGGAAGUAUUGGUGAAUCUACAUACAAACUUCCUGCACGAUUUCAUUUUCUCGCUGCUCAAGUGAUGUCAAUAAGAGGAGGAACAGGGAUGAUGGUUGAGUAGGAAGUGCUAUUUGGGUUUUCAACUGGCUCCUCUGUUUCUGCGUUGUUUAAUUUGUGAUUGUGUGGUUGUCACACAUUUAUCUGUUCUAUACUUUGUCCACUAUUUUCUGCCAGAGAAUUCAUUUUCUCGAUGCUCAAGUGAUGCCGAUAAGAGGAGGAAUAGAGAGGAUGCUUCAGUAGGAACUGCUCCUUGCGUUUUCAUCCUCCUCCUCUGUCUCUGCAUCAUAUCCUUUCAGUUUGAGAGAUGAUUGAAGAGUAGUUGCUCCUUCAGCUGCACAAUUCAUGUGACACAAGGAAGAUGAAGCUUUUAGCCAGGAAGUGAUGGCUCUCCAGUUUCCAGCUACCUCUCUGCUGAUUUGCGUCCUUUAGCUCUGGUUUGCUCUGCCUCUGCUCAGGUGAGGAAAAGGAGAGGAGGAUGCGAGGCAAUCUGGUUUGGGAGACAGUACUGUCUUUGAAAGAGGUGUAUUUCCUUCAUUCCGUAUCUGCCUAUUAAUUGGUUAGCACAAUGUGUUCCAUUAAGAUUAAUUCAUAGUUACGAAGUGUCAGUAGUCUCACAAACUUGUGUUGCAGUUGCAGGCGUGUAUCAUUGUCGGUUGAUAUUUUUUUUUCGAGGGAUACCAUUGUGAAUUCUGUCGAAUUUACUGCCUCACACUGCUGCUUGAAGUGAUCCUCUGGGUCUUCUCCAGUCAAGGAAGAAUAAGGUCAUCUGCUUGCAGUUCUGGUAGUGCACAAAGAGUAAUCGUGACUCUUUCAUGGUGACGACCACAUAUUGGCUAUCGAUGUUCAGUUCAUUGAGGGAUAUUAUUUGAGCAAUUAGUCUUUGUUCCUCUUCCUUCAGUAUUGAGUUGACCUUCAGAAACAAACUGUUGUUGCUGCUGGUGGAUGAUCUUGCAUCCUUGACUUCUAUUGUCAGUCAGGCCUGUUGAAAAUAGGUCUUUGAUUCAGGUCCAAGUUCAAUCGUUUAUGGAAUAACACUGUGAAAGCUUGCUCAAGGAAACUCACUAGCUAGUCCCUCAUAUUACUGGUUUUCUUAGCUCUGAAAAGAUAUAUUGGUGGUGGUGGGUCUGCUUCAGGGAUUCACCUAAUGGCAACCAUAUUAUUUUCUUUUGCGGGAUCAUGCAUCCAAAAGCUCCAAGAACUUAUUAUAGAGGAAGCGAUACAGAUACUAGGUGUUAAACAAGAGCUUAGUGACCUGCAACGAACAAUGACACAAAUACAGUGUUUUCUGAAAGAUGCUGACCGGAGGAGGAUUGAAGACUUAGCAGUUAGUAAUUGGAUUGGUGAGCUGAAGGAUGCAAUGUAUGAUGCUGAUGAUAUAAUUGACAUGGUCAGGUUUAAAGGGAGCAAUCUACUAGGAGAAAACUCUUCAUCAUUAUCAAGAAAAUUAAUUACAUGCAAUGGAUUUGCAACUUUCUCUUGCUUUUUGAAUCUAAAGACACGUCAUGAGAUUGCGGUACAGAUUAGAGGCCUCAACAAAAGAAUAGAGAUGAUUAAAGAGUUAGGUACAAAUUUCAAGUUUGAAACAGAACCUAUUGAUAGAGUAUUAGUAUCAAAUAUGAGAAAAACAUCCCACCUGGUAGAACCAAAUCUUGUUGGAAAAGAGAUCAUACAUGCUACCAAUAGAUUGGUAGGGUUGGUGCUAGAACACAAGGACAAGAAGGCUUACAAGAUGGCAAUUGUUGGAACAGGAGGAGUUGGAAAAACAACACUAGCUCAGAAAAUAUACAAUGAUCAAAGAGUGAAGGGUAACUUUAAGAAGUAUGCAUGGAUUUGCGUUUCCCAACAGUACUCUCAAGUUGCUCUAUUGAAUGAAAUACUUCGAAAUGUUGGAGUGGACAAAGAAAAUUGUGAAAGCAUCGGAGAGCUUCAAGCCAAACUUGCAGAAGCCAUUGAAGGAGACAGCUUUUUCCUUGUGUUGGAUGACUUGUGGGAGUCUGAUGUAUGGACCAAUUUACUAAGAACUCCACUCAAUGCUGCAGCUCAAGUAACAAUUGUAACAACAACUCGACAUGAUACAGUUGCAAAGGCAAUUGGAGUGGAACACAUGCAUCGAGUCGAAUUGAUGUCAGUGGAAGUAGGAUGGGAGCUGCUUUGGAAGAGUAUGAACAUAUCUGAUGAGAAAGAAGUGCACAACGUGCAGGACAAAGGAAUGGAAAUUGUUCGAAAAUGUGGUGGCCUUCCUCUUGCAAUUAGGACUAUGGCUAGUGUUCUUGCAGUGAAGGAGACAACAGAGAGUGAAUGGCAGAAGAUUCUAGACAAUGAUGCUUGGUCCAUAAGUAAGCUCCCUGCUGAACUCAGAGGUGCUUUGUACUUGAGUUAUGAUCAGCUACCACAAAACCUGAAGCAAUGUUUUCUUUACUGUGCUUUGUAUCCUGAAGAUUGGACACUACGUUGUGAUGAUCUUGUCAGGCUCUGGAUUGCCGAGGGCUUUAUUGAAAAGCAAAAUAACCAACUACUAGAAGAUACAGCAGAAGAAUACUUCUGUGAGUUGGUCUCAAGGAACCUCCUCCUACCAGAUCCUCGGUAUGCAGAACCAUACAGGUGCACAAUGCAUGACCUCUUAAGACAACUUGCUCAGCAUUUAUCAAGAGAAGAGUGUUUCUUUGGAGACCCACGAUCGUUGGAUUGCAGGAGUAUAUCUAAAUUGCGACGUGUGUCAGUUGUAACAUGCAAUGAUAUGAUCUCUUUACCUAUUGUGGACAGGCAUCAACUCAAAGUGAGAACUUCAAUAAAUUUCUGUGGCAAGUCAUUGGUAGUUGAAUCUUCAAUUUUCAAGCGAUUUCCAUAUAUUCGUGUUUUGGAUUUAAGUGGGUCAAGUGUAGAAAAUAUUCCAGAUUAUAUUGGAAGUUUGAUUCAUUUGCGCUUGUUGAAUCUUAAUGACACCAGCAUAACUUGCCUUCCGGAGUCUAUUGGUUCUCUCAAAAACCUUGAGGUAUUGGAAUUGAACAAGUGUGACAGUUUGCACAGCCUUCCUUUAGCAAUCUGUAGAUUAUUUAACUUAAGGAGUCUUGGUCUCAAAGGUUCGGCAAUAAAUAAGGUUCCAAAAGGUAUUGGGGGUUUGAAAUACCUCAAUAAUUUAGAUGGAUUUCCAAUUUGUGGUAGAAGUGAUUAUAGCACUGCAAUGCAAGAUGGAUGGAAUCUAGAAGAGUUGGGUCCUCUUUUGCAGUUGAGGCAGCUUCUUAUUACAAAAUUGGAAGCAUCUGCUGUUUGCAGUAUAGAUUCACUACUAACUAAUAAAAAGCAUCUUAAAGAAUUAUAUUUAUAUUGCACUGAAUGUGCGGAGGAACCAUACUCUGAAGAGGUUAUUAGUAAUAUUGAGAAGGUAUUUGAUCAGCUAAUACCUCCAAAAAACCUGGAAGCUCUAGUUUUGAAGCGAUUUUGUGGUCGGAGGUUUCCUACCUGGUUAGGUGCUGCUAGACAUUUGCCUUCACUAAAAUACUUGAUACUUAAACAUUGCAAAUCCUAUACGCAACUUCCUCCAAUCGGGCACCUUCCCAACUUGAAAUUCCUGAGAAUCCAGGGAGCAACUGCAGUCACCAAGAUUGGACCUGAAUUUAUUGGCUUGGGGGUGGGUAAUUUCGGAUCUCCAGAGGCAGUUGCUUUCCCCAAGCUUGAAAUUUUGUCCAUCGGGUAUAUGCCCAACUGGGAGGAGUGGACCUUUGUAGUUGAAGAAGAAGAAGCAACGGCAGCAGGUAAGGAAGGUGGAGAGGAUGGAGCUGCUGCAAAGCAAAAGGGGGAAGCCCCACCUCCAAGGAUGCAGCUGCUGCCACGUUUGAAGGGCCUGGAUUUUUACAGCUGCCCCAAGCUGAGAGCUCUUCCACGGCAGCUUGGACAGGAAGCCACCAGCUUGAAGGAGCUCCGAUUAAAAUUCAUGGACAAUAUUAAGGUGGUGGAGAACUUCCCAUUUCUGUCUGAGGAACUUUCAGUCUCAUAUUGUGAAUGCCUGGAGAGGAUCUCAAAUAUUCCCCAGAUGAAACUGUUGCGUGUAGGUCUAUGUGAAGCUCUGAGGUGUGUUGAGGGUUUGGACAAGUUGCACCAGCUGUUUCUGACAGAGGAUAUGGAAGAUGUCUCCUCACAAUGGCUAGCUGGACUCCAAGAGCGUCACCAACAGCUGCACGGAGAAGACCUGGAUGUCUACCCUUGGGAGGAGUGAUACUUUUAUAUAGCUACGAAUGUGCAAGCUACAUGACGUUGUAUGCAUGGAAGGAGUGCAUGCUUCUGGAUGAAGGACUGGAGAAUGAUUGUUCAAGAACCACAGCAAUCAGGAUGAGCAAACCACUUCCAUCAAUAAAAAGAAUAAAAUAUGAGCUAACCACAGCAAUUAAUCAAGAUGAGCAGACGGCUUCCUCUCUUGUUUCUAGACUGUGGGAAGGCUUGCGUCUUGUUAUUUAAGUGUUUGACCAUCCUUGUGGUGUAUGUAUGAAUGAAAACGUGUGCUACACUGCUACUUGAGUUUCUCAAUUAAUUCUGUGAUGAACUUGCACCUGUUGUAGAUUGUGAUCUUGUAAUGCGAAGAACUGCAUCGGCUGUUGCGUGCUUUCUGUUGCUGCUAGGAAAAGUGAGCUCUUGUUUCGCUGUUCCUACCAACAUUAAUGUAUAUAAAAAAAACUGCUCUUACUUAUUUUA